ACCUACAAGCCAACUCCGAGAAACGCAAUUUUUGGAACCCUGAAAACAAUGGCAACAGCUGCACCACAAACGGAACAAAGAGACAGGAAGCGGAAAGAGAGCAUUCUUGACCUGUCAAAGUACCUGGAAAAAGUUAUCAGGGUAAAGUUUUCUGGAGGGAGAGAAGUGGCUGGCGUUCUGAAAGGAUACGAUCCUCUCCUGAACCUUGUGUUGGACAACACGACAGAAUACCUGAGAGAUCCCGACGAUCCCUACAAACUCACAGACGACACUCGGUUGUUGGGACUGGUCGUUUGUCGUGGAACUUCUGUGGUGCUCAUCUGCCCAUCGGAUGGAAUGGAAAGCAUUUCAAACCCUUUUGUCACCCAGGAGGGCUAAAUUAGGCUAUAAAUUGUGACUGUUAAAUUUAUAAAAAUAUAAAUCAAUGUGUGUGGGGAGGGGGGGGUUGUUCGCCCUAUAGACCCACGUUUCUUCUUUUUGAACUAAUAACGUGACUAUCAUUUUCAGUAUUUUAACCCAGAGAUUUAAUUGGAUUUCAUGAACAAUUUUCAUCUUUCAUCAUUUCCUGA